AACAUAGAAAUUAACUUCCGGAAGAUAAUAUAAGCGCCAUCUAUCACAACAUUAUUAUGAAGAAGAUCCGAUAGCCUACCUCUGGACAUUGUUGCUGGCUUUGAGGUGUCAACUAUUUGUUAUUUCUCUGUUAAAACAGCUGUAAGGAAUAGACGACGUAAUCUUUAUUUAGCGUAAAGGUAAAACAAGUUUAAUUGCGAAACAACCGUGGGCGUACAGGAUUUAGGGCGAAACGACCUAACUGACCACCUUAUGAUGUUCCUGCCAGGCCUCACUGUUAGCCCCUGGGCCAUAUGAUGACAUUCAAUAUCCUGGUUUGGUAGCCCAGUCAUUAUAGCAGCUGUGUAACAGACUGAUACAAAUAAUGAAGGGGACACUUAAUUUUAAAAGGAUGUUGACAUUGACAAGACGUCUACAAAAAUGUUAUACUCGUUGCAUGUCCUGCGGCCAAAUUAAGACACUUGGCUGGCGCCAGCAUGAACACCCCAUAGGCCAAGGGAGACAACUCUCCAGUUGUACAGAUACACUGCCCACUGAUAAAUACACCCCUCGUAGAGCAGUGCUGUAUGUUCCGGGAAAUGAUGAGCGGAAACUACAAAAGAUUGCUGGUUUAAACGUGGACUGUGCUGUGAUGGACUGUGAGGAUGGUGUGGCCAUCAAUAGAAAGGAGGAAGCUCGGAACACCAUUAAGAAGAUGCUGGACAAACUGGACUUUGGUCGGACAGAGUGUGUGGUCAGGGUCAAUUCUGUGGACAGUGGUUUGAUAGAGGAUGACCUCAAGGUCAUAUUCAGGGCUGACCGCAUGCCUCAGACCAUCAUGCUUCCCAAGGUGAACAGACCAGAGGAAAUGUACCAGUUUACAGACAAUUUGAAGGAAUCACUAAAGGGCCGGACACAGGAACAGAAGUUACAGCUGAUAACGUUUGUGGAGAGUGCAAUAGGUCUUAUCAAUCUCACCGAAAUCCUCAGGAAGACAAUAGAACUGACAAACUCAGAGGGACUCUUCAAUCUAGCAGGAGUCGUCUUCGGGUCGGACGAUUUUUGUGCAGAUAUUGGUGCUACAAGAACUCCUGAUGCUGCGGAGCUGAUGUACGCCCGACAGAAAGUCGUAACAUGUGCUAAAGCGUUCAGGCUGCAGGCCAUAGACCUUGUCUACAUCAAUUACAAAGAUCUAGCCGGCCUAGAGAAACAGUCGACAGAAGGAGCACACAUGGGUUUUACUGGGAAACAGGUUAUCCACCCUGGUCAGAUACCCGUGGUCCAGAAGGCAUUCUCUCCAAGUCCUGACCGCGUGGAGUGGGCCACAGAACUCAUACAGGCCUUCUCACAACACACACAAACAGGGAAGGGUGCGUUCACAUUCCGUGGGGCCAUGAUAGACAUGCCCCUAGUAUUACAAGCCAGAAACAUCGUACGGCUGGCUGAGGCAGUCAAAAGCUGACAUACAGACAGAUAGUGGUCAAACGUGGACACACAGACAGAUAGUGGUCAAAUGUGGACAUACAGACAGAUAGUGGUCAAACGUGGAUACACAGACAGAUAGUGGUCAAACGUGGACAGACAGACAGAUAGUGGUCAAACGUGGACACACAGACAGAUAGUGGUCAAACGUGGACACACAGACAGAUAGUGGUCAAAAGUGGACACACAGAGUGGUCAAGAGUGGACAUGCAGUGUAAUAAAGACUGGACACAUUGUACUUGUCAUUAGGAGUGGACACUGACAGCAGUCAUUAGAAUACACACAGACAAACAGUAGUAUUUUAUAGUUACCAGCUGUGAUUUUGUUACUCAUUAAAAAUACUCCAAAAAAUCA